AUGGACUUCCCAGGUCACUUCCAGCAUAUUUUCCAGCAGCUCAACCACCAGCGCCUCCAUGCUCAGCUGUGUGAUUGUGUGGUGCUGGUUGGAGGCCAGAGCUUCCAAGCUCACUGCUCCAUCCUAGCAGCAUGCAGCUCUCACUUCAGGGCUCUGCUAAACUCCAAUGACGGUGCAGACGAAGUUGGAGGACCAGCAGCGGAUAUGGGGGGAGGUGGGUGCCCCAGUGUGAUGGAGCUUGAUCCAGAGGUGGUGACUCCCGAGGCCUUCUCCACCCUGCUGGACAUGAUUUACACCUCCACCUUGUCCCUGGGGGCUUCGAAUGUGAUGGAUGUACUGUUGGCCGCCUCACACCUUCACCUCAAUACUGUGGUUAAAGCCUGCAAGCUCCACCUGUCCAGAAAAAACUUCCCAGCCUCACCGCCUAAAGGCUGGAAGUCAGUGCAGCAGCAACAGUUGCUUCAGCAUGUCACAUCUGCUAUGGAGGAGGACCUCCAUGAGGAGAGAGCGGGAGUGGAGGUGAGCCAGUCUGGUGGAGUUGAAGACGAGGGGGUCAGGCAGAGAGUUAGUAAUGGUGAGCAGGGUUCAGCACUAUCUUCAAGGCACAAAAGAAAGUUACAUGAGGACGGGCUCAGUAGCAGGAAGAGGCCCUGCAGGCUACCUGGAGAAGACUACAAGGAGUGUUCGCCUACUGUGACCAGGAGCACCGUCAGUACAGAGGAGGGAGGAGGGGAGCUGCUGUCCCCUGAUUGCUUGAAGACUGCAGGCGACCUCUGGGAGAGCCGAGGCGAGCAAGAGGAGGAGGUGGAGGAAAAAUACGAAGCAACCAAGGGAGAAUCAGAGGAGAUCCAGCUGCCGAGCCAGUCUGACAGUGGCACAGGAGCUUUGGGUGCAUGGGAGAAGGGUGGGGAUACAGAUGGAGACAAUGUGGUGAAAGUGAAGGUUGGAGAUGAAGGAGAAGAUGAGGGAGAGGAGCAAAAGAUGGCAGUGAUUGAGGUGAAAAAGGAAAAUCUGACCUCCUAUUCUCCAGAUUUGACCACUUUGACUAACAAUCCUCCUCCAUCCCCACCACUAGACUCCUCUGAACAUCUGGAAACACAACUAAACGAUGAGAAAACUUUACAGUCGCAGCUGUGCUCAGAACUUGAUGCAGACAAAGAGGCUGGACAUUUGGGUGAGGAUUCAAUAGAUGGUGAGGGCCUUGACAGUCUGUCAGAACUGGCCUUUUCUUGCUUUCUCAAUCCCAGUCAUGAGAGCGUAAUGGGAGCUCUGGAGGAAGAAGAAAGUCUUGCUAGUCUCACUGCUGCUGCUACUGCCGCUGCUGCCGCUGCCAGUGAUGCUCUUCCUGCAGCUGCCGGGGAUGCAGACGAACUGUGUCAAAACUCAGAAAAAGCAAACACGUCCACCGACUCGUCCUCCUCUCUUGUUUUUCCAGUAACGUCUGUCGGUUUGCAGCAGCUUCUCCCGACUCAAAGCCCUGGUUUUAGUGACACGCUGAUCCUCCAGCCCGCCCAGAACUCUUUACCGGGGUUCCUCAGUGGCAUCACAGCAGGACUCAGUCUGGAAGCAUCCCUCGUCCAACUUGGACGGGCCGGGAAAAGCAGAGGAUGUGGCGGAUCAGGGGGGACAACCUUCCGUCGCAUCGCUCCCAAAGUGCCACCUGGAACAGAGGCCGGCACAGAUCCUUCAUCUUCCUCAGCAGAUGAUCGGCCACUUCUAACCAGAGCCUCAGAGGAUGUUCUGUCCAAGUGCAAGAAAGCAGCUGCUGAGGACCAUGUGCUGCUAGUGGAGGGGGAGAAGAAAUACGCCUGCAAAAUAUGCUGCAAGACAUUCAUGAACCUGACUGACUGCAAGAAGCAUAUUCGUAUCCACACAGGAGAGAAGCCCUAUCCCUGUCCUAAGUGUGGCAAACGCUUCAGCCAGUCCUCCCAUCUGUACAAGCACUCCAAGAACUCCACCUGCCUAAACUGGAAAGAUGAUCAGUCAUUCCCAGACACUCUGCUCUGA